GCACAGGGGCGGAAGUUCUUGUGUUUUGGUUCUAAAGGGAAGUUGCGACAAGAAAGAAAGGAGAAGACGUGACGGGAUUGUUGAGAUAAUUUUCUGACUUUUUCAACACUGUGGCGUCAAAAUACUCUGGCUUGCUUUUAUAUAUGCUCCAGCGGCAGUGGUAGAAGUUGAGAUCGUCGUCUGGCUCACAGGUUGCCAAGUGUCCUUGUGGUAGGGAUCGCAAAAUCAGAUCAUGUCAAUCAUUUGUGAUGAUAAAAGUCUGCAAUCAGUCUGAAAAGUGAAGUUUGAGGAUUCCAGGUGAUCUGUGAAGGUCAUGGCCAAUCGAGGAGGAGCGACAAGACCUAACGGACCCAAUGCAGGGAACAAAAUCUGUCAGUUUAAGCUGGUGCUUCUGGGUGAGUCAGCCGUCGGAAAGUCAAGCCUGGUGCUGCGCUUUGUCAAGGGACAGUUUCAUGAAUUCCAAGAGAGCACAAUAGGAGCUGCCUUUCUCACCCAGACAGUAUGUCUAGAUGACACAACUGUAAAGUUUGAGAUUUGGGAUACUGCAGGACAAGAGCGUUACCACAGUCUGGCACCUAUGUAUUACAGAGGUGCACAAGCAGCCAUAGUUGUCUAUGACAUCACAAAUGAGGAAUCUUUUGCUCGAGCAAAAAAUUGGGUAAAAGAGCUACAAAGACAAGCUAGUCCUAAUAUCGUCAUUGCCUUGUCUGGCAACAAGGCAGACCUGGCCAAUAAACGAGCUGUGGACUUCCAGGAUGCACAGUCGUAUGCAGAUGACAACAGCUUACUUUUUAUGGAGACAUCAGCCAAGACAUCUAUGAAUGUGAAUGAGAUAUUUAUGGCUAUUGCAAAGAGAUUACCGAAGAGUGAACCUCAGGCUGCUGGAACUAACACUGGCCGUAACCGGGGCGUGGACCUAACAGAGGCUGCACAGCCCGCCAAGGCUCCAUGCUGCAGUAACUAACACAAAGGAUGCCUUCCCAAACAACCUUUACAACAGUAACUGAUGCAGCCCAAGCACCAGUGCCACGGCAGUUACUGUUUCAAAGUCUUGUUAGUCUUAUCUCCAAUUCUUUAAUGUUCAAAAGAGGAAAAAAGCUCAGUACCCCUAAUAUAUAGUUGCUAGGUCAGUCCUUAGCCUGAUGUCUGGCUCUGCCUCCUUUGCUCCAUUCUGAUUUUGCUGCUACGUGGUGAGUCACUUCACCGGCCUUUCAUCCACUCUGUUUAGCUGUACAUGGACAGAGACAUUUUGACCCCCUGCUUUUCAACAUCUGCCCUGUGUAGAUAUGUCUUUUUAGAGAAAAUUACUGUUUACUACUGCAUUCUUAUACUGUUUGAUUUGACAGUUAUUACAUACUAAUAUCUGCUGAUAUUAUAAAUUUACCUACUAACAUAAGUUAAACUUUUUUUUUUUUUUUUUUACUGAAAUAUGAAGAUUUAAUCUAAAUUGAUCCUCAGUAGGACCUGUUUUCACUCUAAUCAUCCCGGCCCUCCAUGGACAGAGUUUAAUUUUCCUCAUUAUGGCAUUGUGCAAUUCCUUACAGUAUUUAUUAUCUCUGACACUCUUCUGGACCAAUGCAGCCCCCUGGACUCUUCUGGCACAUGACGAGGUGCAGAGGUCAAACUAGCUGUCUCAAUACAAAUCCAUUCCUUGUUCACUUUUAAAACUCUCAGUGGACAAAAUAGUGUGUUGCUUUAUGGCGAAAAGAUAAUAGAGCUAGAGACAGUUGGGGAGUUGCAAUAUUCAUUGAUUCAAAAGGCUCAAUGUCCUGUCCUGUAGCAGAAACCUUUAGUGGCAGGUUGUCCAGGUAUUUUAAAUGGCUCUGGCUGUUGUUAGAUAGAAUUUAUGACCCAAACAUUUGCACAUUAUCAAGCCUCAUUGAACCAAUUGAAAUCUUUGCAUUGCUGCAGAAAUGUCUGUUACAGCAUCAUUCAUCUGUUGGGCCCAUUCUCCUGUACUUUUAUCAUAACAUAUUUUUGCACCGUCACAAAAGGCUUACAUGUAUUCACACUAUACUUGUGGGUCAUGUGUCUUUACAGGUCUGUCUUACUCAUGCCUUGCACUAACAAUGCUCAUGAAUAUAUCUUGUCAUAUUUACAGCCAGUGUGAUAUAAGUAUAUAUAUAAAUAAAUAUAAAUAUAUAAAUAAUCUACUGUAAAUAGGGUCUUGCAGUGUAUUCUGCUUUUUGAUUUACCUGUGACAGAACUAAUGCUUGCUAUGAAAAUGUCCAAAUCAAAAAAAAAAAACAAAAAAAAAUGUACAGUGAAUGGAAAAUGGCUAGACAGAUUUGAUUUCUGUUGCGUUUUGUUGUUGUUGUUUUUUUCCACAAAUGGUUCAAUUAUAAACAGUGGUGGUCUGUAUUAUAAAUGUAUGUAGUGAUAUAACAAAAAUGAAAUAGCAUUUAUUUAGUGGUCUGUAAUUGCACUUUUCUCAAAAGAAAAAAAAAGUCCGGUUUUCUUUUUUUUUUUUUUUUUUUUUUUUUUUUUUAACCCAAUCUCUGUCUUGCAUCUCACAAUUUUUUCUAGUGGUAUUCUGGUGCCCAGCACUUCGUCCCUCUUGUGGACCUGAACACUGCUUGUAAGAUCUCCAGUGUUCCUUUAUCUUUGUGACUCUUGUAGAAACUGUAGAACAGCUGUGAGCAGGCACAACUAUGAUUCAUAAAUAAAUUUAUUAACACAUUAUAAA